AUGUCUUCCGAACAUACCUCAGCUGACCCGACCAAAGAAACCACGACAAACACCAAACCGAAUGAAGCCGUUACAGUUUUAAAGAAUUUGACUCUUGAAGACUUCAAAAAUAUUGGUAAAAUACCAUGUGCACGAAAUAGCUUGCUUUAUGGUAUAGGCAGUGGGACAAGUGCAGACCUACUUCCCCCAGCUAAUAUACAUCGAGUUUGGCACGCCAAGUGUGUGCCUCAGCGACAUUUUCCCAUCCUGGAACGCGAAUCACAACUUGGAAGGGCUAGUAGCAGAGGCAAUUCAGUCAACAGCGACCCAAACCAACUACCUUAUCCACAUUUAUUAGAUAGAGCUUCUGCUGCAGUCACCCACACUUCUCCACACACUUUGAUCGGUUCUUUCGAAGAGGACCAAUCUGCUGCCGUUUCGUUGCCUUUUCCUUACUCUUCUUCCUCGCAUAUAAUAACCUCCCCUUCGAACUCUAGCUCCUCGUUAGCAAUUGACGAAACAAGGAGUCAAGUUAGUGGGUAUCAUCCAAGAGACGAUACAGACGACUACAUUCAAGUUAGUGAUUCUGAUAUAGACUUACGCUCACCCAAACGUCUACGUACCGAAGAGAAUAAUAUCGAUAAGAAGCCAAAAAUGAGGAUCAAUUCGGAAAAUGGUGUUGGUGCUGGAAGUGCUAAUGGCGUCUCCCGUUCUAGUAGUAAUGGAGAGGUCGAGAAAUCAACUAAUGGUCAAAUAAUAUCCAAUAACGGUAAUAGUAAUUAUAAUAAAUUACAGAAAAUUAGACAGCAAGAACUUGUGAGACUGAUGGUGCAAUCAUUGCAGAAUAUGGGUUAUAGUGAAUCAGCAGCAGCGCUCGAGAAAGAAUCGGGAUAUCCACUUGAAAGUCCGACCGUGGCACAAUUCAGGGAGGGUGUUUUGAAAGGUGAUUGGGCCUUGGUUGAAAGUCUAUUACCCACCUUGGAGUUGGAUCAGACUGAAGAUACUGUGGUUGUCAAAUUUUUAAUCAGGGAACAAAAAUAUUUAGAAUUAUUGGAAGCGCAACAGAAAAUGAAAGCUUUAGUUGUUCUUCAACAUGAACUCACCCCACUUAAUUAUAAUUUGGAUCGAUUGCAUGCUCUACCAAGGCAUGUCCUGCUUGAUCUUUCAGAUCGCUGUUGA